GAGAGCUCAAAGAACUUGCGUUGCAGUCACUUAUGUUGAGAAGAACAAGAAUUGAAAAACACUAAGAAUUUGACAGAGUUGCUGGAGGAAGGGGAGGAGCCACUCAAUCUCUGAGCGACUGAGUCAGAGUUUGGAACAACAGCAAAAGACCAGAGAUCCUCCCGAGGAGUAAUGCAGUCACAAGAAGAGGCAGAAGAUGAAGAGAAUUUAGUAAAAUGCUCGAACGGGAUUAUGAACUGAUGUCAUGCAGUUCUUCUGAAGUUGUAGGACACUGCAGAGCCUGUAGACGCAGCUACUUGUGCUUGUUGGCCUCAAUUUCCACCGUGCAAAUUGCAGAGUUUAAGAUUUACAGCAAGCUGCACUUUGCAACUAUAAAUCUCCCCAAGCAUCGGCGGCAGUCUUUAUCGGCAUGAAGCGUUGGUUUUCCUGUGCCUCUGGGCCCUUUCAGACUUCAGAUUGGAGCAAAUACGAUGAUCGGUUGAUGAAGGCAGUGGAGAAGGGAGAUGCGGAUAAAGUUACAUCUGUUCUUGCCAAAAGAGGAAUAGUCUGCACUAAGUUGGAUGUGGAAGGCCGAUCAGCUUUCCAUGUGGCGGCUGCUAAAGGAGAUGUUCCCUGCAUCAAUGCAAUGUUGUCUCAUGGAGUCGAUGUCAUGGCGAUAGAUGCUGCAGGCCGAAGCGUGUUGCAUCUUGCUGCUCAACAUGGCCAGCCACUCUGUUUGCAGCGGUUACUCCAGCAAAAUUGCCCUGUUGACAGUGUAGAUCUUCAUGGUAGAUCUGCCCUUCACAAUGCAGUGGUGGCUGGCUGCCCUGCAUGUGUGAAGCUGCUGUUGGACCAUGAGGCUGCUGUGAACAUCAAGGAUGGGGAUGGACAGACCCCUCUCAUGUUGGCAACACAAAAGUGUCAUCCAGAAAUCUGUCGGCUUUUACUGGAGCGGGGGGCAGACAUCAACUCGAGGGAUAAGCAAAACAGGACUGCUUUGAUGAUGGGCUGUGAGACUGGUUGUAAGGAUGCAGUGGAAGUUCUAUUAAAUCGUGGUGCUGAUGUCACUUUGACGGAUGACUUUGGCCACAAGAGUUUGUAUUACGCUCAACUCUCCAAAGACCCAGAGUUGUUGGCUUUGGCUAGAGCAGCAAUGGAGAAGAAAGUGAAAGCAAGGGAACCUAGUACGAAAUCGCAACAGGUGACUCAGGUUCCUGAACUGUCACAGAAAAUAGAUCAAAGGCAUUUUCAUACUGAAACACAGACAGCACAGAGUCAGAAGGAACAACGCAUUGUAAAGGAACUUCAAAUUGAAAAUGAGGACCUUAAAGGCAAGUUGAAAAAGCAUCAGCAAGAUCAGAGGCUGUUUCUAGAGAGACUCAGUGGACUUCAGAAACAACUGAACCAGGAAUGCAAGGCAGUGGGAGAUCUUCAAAACGAGAGACAGCAACUGAAAAACCUAUUGCUGGCACGCGACCGAGAACAGGAAGACAACAUGAAGGUACUCGAGAGUGUGAGAGCCAAGCUUAGAACAUAUGAGAGUGGGCACUUCUAUGAGCAGAUGGCAGCAAGUAUCCCAAUGGUGAAGGUGAAAGAAGAAAUGGCUGUGAAACAGACUAAUUUUCCUGCCACAGAAUCACAGCAUCCUUCCAAGUUGGCUGUUGGAUCAAGUGAGGUGAUAGCACCGUUUCAAAGCACGCCUGAGGUAAAUGAGAGUUUGAGAAAGGACUUGGAAAUGACGAGAAAAAGGUUUGAGUUGGCAAGGAAGGAGGUAAACAACCUUCAACUGGAGUUAUUGAACAGGAAUAAACAUUGCGAAGUCUUGAACGACGAGUGCAAGCGUGUGAAACAGGAAUCGGAAGAGCAGAUCAGGCAACUGGAAGAUGCCUUAAGUGAAGUACAAAAGCGAAUGUUUGAAUCGGAGGGAAAAGUGAAGCUCCUGCAAGCUCAUGUCAACGCGCUCAAAGAUCACCUUUCAAAACAAGGCCCUGCAGGAAACAAUCGAGCAGUGGAUGAACUCAAAACUCAGUUGAAGGAUGUGAAAUCCAAACACGAGGAAGCAUUGUCGGAGGUGGAGAGGCUCCAAAACCAAAUCAAACUUGGCGUUUUAUCAAUACAGGAAUCGGGUGAGGUUAAGCAAGUGGAUAGAUACAAGGAGGAGGUGAGAGAGAUGAAGCAGGCUUUAACCAUGUCGGAGCAAAAGAAUCAAGAAGCAGAGAGAAAGAUAAUUGGAAUGGAGAAUGAACUGAAGAGCAUGGAGAAAAAGAUAUCGCAGUUUGUACCAGCUGAAGAGUUUGAGAAUAUGAGGAAUUCGUUCAUCAGUGGUUUGGAAGAGAAGGAGAAGCAGGUGGUAGAAGCAAAUGAUAAAUAUAAUAGUGCUCAAAAGGAAGUUGUCCAACUGCAGAAAGAACUGGAGAGAGAGAGGGCUCGAGCAGCUGCAUGUGUGAAGAUGGAACAGUAUCAGUCGUUAAAGAGUUCCUUUGACAGUCAGGGGGAGAAAGUUUCUGAUAUAACCCAAAAGCAACAAAAGCUACAAAAAGAAAAUGAAGCUAUUCAGCAGGAAAAUGCUCGCAUCAAAUCUGAACUAGAAGGCUUGAAACACAAAAUUCAAGUGGAGUAUGUACCUUUGAAAACCCAUGACUCGUUAAAGUCUUCAAUGAAUCAAACUGUACAAGACCUGAACAAGCAAGUUUCUAAGGUGUCACAAAGGUACAAGGAGGCUUUGAAAGAAUCAGAAAAGUUAAAAGUUGAGAAGAAUACAAUAAGGGAUAACCUGAAUCAUGUGCAGACUCAGUAUGUGUCUCCAGAAAAGCACAAGAAGGAAAUAACAACUCUAAAUUCCAUUGUUAGCAAAUCAAAGACUGAGUUGGAAGAACUCAACCAGAAGUAUAGCCUGGCACAGAGGCAGACAGAAAAUGUACUCAAAGAAAUUGCUGCUUUGAAAGAUUCUUUGAAAAGUCAAUAUGUCCCCUUGGAAAAACAUGAGGAAUUGAAAAAGGUUCUGAAUGCUGCCUCAGAAAAAGCUGCACAUGAAUUGUCAUUAGCAACUAAGCAAUGCAGUGAAGUGCAGAGUGAGAUGGCAAGGAGUGAGCAAGAGAAAAAUCAGUUGAAAGAACAGCUAGUUAUCCUUCAAGAUCGAAUGCAAGAAGAGUACAUACCCCUUCAGCAGCAUGAAGAAUUGAAGACUACCCUGAACAGCAGAACGGAGGAACAGCAGAAGAAAGUUGAUGAGGCUUUGUCAAAAUACAAGGAAGCUCAGGAAGAAACAGCUGAGCUUCGCAAAGAAAAACAGAACCUUGCAAAUGAGCUUCAUAUACUACAGGAAUCCCUCAGUUCACAGUAUGUUCCUGUGGAAAAUUAUGAACAGAAACAGAAUGAAUUUAAUAUCUCUUUGAAAGAAGUGAUGAAUCAGUUGACCGAAAAGACCCAGCAAUGCUCUGCAUUUCAAGAGGAAGCUAAAAAGUACAAGAAAGAGACUGAAGAGCUGAAGAAAACAGUUGGACAUUUGGAAGAAAACUUGGAGAAACAUUAUGUUUCCAAAGAUAUAUACGAAGAAAUGGAAAGCAAGUUUGUUAAUGGCAUGGGUGAAAAGGAUGAGCAUGUGGAAAAAGUGAUGAGGAAGUGCGCAGAUGUUGAAUUGCAAAGUGAAAGAUCACAGAAGGAAAAUGCCAAACUGCAGUCAGACAUCCAGGCAUUAAAAGAGAGUAUACAGUUAAAGUACAUCCCUGUUGAAGAAUUUGAGGCAAUGAAAACAUCGCUGAACAACAGAGUUUUGGAGCUGCAGAAAGAAAAGGAGAAGAUGAAGACUUCUUGUGCACAGGAGCAGCAAAAGGUAGAAACCCUGUUGCUCCAGUUAGACGAUCAGAAGAAGAGUUCUCUACCACUUCUAGAGCAUACAGAAUGGAAAGAGAAGAUGGACACUGAUAUUGCCAGACUGAAGAACCAGCUGAAUGAGCGAGAAGAGGAAUUGAGAGGAAAAGUUACAGAGAUUUCAAAACUGCAGGCAGAUGCUGAAGCCUUGAGCAGGACAAUUACAGAACUGAAAACAAAGGAGGCAAAUGACCUAUCAAAGCAUGAAACGGUGAAGAGUACAUUAGAGGCUCAAGUAAUAUCAUUAAACAAAGACUUGGCAGAGUUGAAAGAGAAGGAGGAUCAAAUGUGCACUGAAAUAUUACGUGCCAAAGAGAAAGAACUAUCGGCAAAAGAUGAAAAGGAGACUUUUCAAUCGCGCUCCUUCAGCUUUGAACAAGAAAUUAAAGAACUUAAAAAUAAAUAUGAUGAUUCCAUGGCAACGAUUUGUGAUCUGCAGAAAAGUAUUCAGGAAUCUGCAAAGCAAAUUGAGGCCAAGGAUAACAAGAUCACUGAGCUGUUAAAUGAUGUGGAGAGACUAAAACAGGCGCUAAAUGGCCUGUCUCAGCUUUCAUACUCUGCCACGAACCCAAAGAGACCAAGCCAACAGAUGGAGGCCCUCCAGGUUCAAAUCAAAGAUCUGCAGCAACAGCUGGCUGAUGCUGACAGGCAACACCGAGAGGUCAUUGCAAUCUAUCGAACACACCUGCUCAACGCUGCCCAGGGUCACAUGGAUGAAGAUGUACAAGCUGCCUUGUUGCAAAUUAUUCGGAUGCGGCAAGAGUUUGUCUGCUAGCAGAGUUCCUGGAGGCCAAUUAUUUACUAUUGCUGUAUUAAAACUCUAACCAGAUUA